AUGUCAGAAAAAGUCUCGCGAGAGUUGGAUGAGGAUGUUUCUUUCUAUAGGAAACUACCGUGGCACUUAAGAGAAGAUACAGUGUGCAAUCAAUACUCUCUGACGCCCACUCGCAAGAGAUACGUCAGUUUACAUUCUUCUUCUUCUUCUUCUUCUUCUCCUCCCCUCCUUCUUCUUCUUCUUCUUCUUCUCCAACACCUCAUCUUCUUCUUCUCCCCCUCCUUUCUCUUCUUCUUCUUCUUCUUCUUCUUCUCCAACACCUCUUCUUCUUCUCCCCCACUUUCUUCUUCUUCUCCAACACCUCUUCUUCUUCUUCUCCCUAUCCUCCUCUUUUCUUCUUCUCCAACACCUCCUCUUCUUCUUCUUCUUCUCCCCCCUCCUCCUUCUUCUUCUUCUUCUUCUCCCCCUUUCUUCUUCUUCUCAACACCUCUUUUUCUUCUUCUCCCCUAUCCUCCCUUCUUCUUCUUCUCAACACCUCCUCUUCUUCUUCUUCUUCUCCCCUCCUCCCUCUUCUUCUUCUUCUUCUCCCCCACCUCAUCUUCUUCUUCUCCCCUCCUCUUCUUCUUCUUCUCUCUCUUUCUUUCUUCUUCUUCUUUCUCCAACACCUCUUCUUCUCCCCCACUUUCUUCUUCUUCUCCAACACCUCUUCUUCUUCUUCUCCCUAUCCUCCCUCUUCUUCUUCUCCAACACCUCCUCUUCUUCUUCUUCUUCUCCCCCUCCUCCCUCUUCUUCUUCUUCUUCUCCCUCCUCCCUCUCCUCCCCUCCUCCCUCCCUCCCCCUCCUCCCCUCUUCUCCCCUCCUCCCUCUUCUUCUUCUUCUCCCCCCUCCUCCUUCUUCUUCUUCUUCUUCUUCUUCUUCUUCUUCUCCAACACCUCUUCUUCUUCUUUCCCCUCCUCCCUCUUCUUCUUCUGUGAUAUUUUGGCGCUGGGAUAUCAGUUAUUAUUUCGUGCCUGUUGA